CAUGUCUCAUCGGCAGAAGAACUGAACACACUUUGAUACACAGUUUUUCUUAUUUUAAAGGAUUUCUUCACAACUUUCCGGUUCCUUAGCCUCCAGCUUAGCUUCUAGAUCUAAUCUCAUUUCUUUGAACCAGCAUCCAUCGUGUCUUACCUUCACUGACAUUGGACGACAUCUCACAUGGCAGGUUUUCAGACCACUCCCUGGAGGUUGAUUUCUGGAGUUUUAGGAGUAAUAUGCCUUUUGUUGAUGGCAGCUUUGGGAGUUUUGUUGAAAAAUUCACUUACUAAACAAAGUGUUCAGCUUGGACCCUCCACAGAACUCAGUGAAGGGUCGUCCCAGCGCACCAGUCCUGAGGGCCCUUUCUCAUGCAUCGAACCUGGACUGGCGAUCGAUUUCACAUAUGAAUCUGGCUGCUAUUCUUGCCAAGAAAAGUGGAUUGGCUACCAAAGCAACUGUUAUUUCAUUUCUAAUGAAUUAAAAACAUGGAAAGACAGUAGGGAUUUUUGUGUUUCUCAUAAUUCCAGUCUACUUCAGAUACAAACCAGAAAUGAACUGGAUUUUAUGAAGUUCAGUACCAGUUAUUACUGGAUUGGACUUUCUUACAGUGAAGAACAUCAUGCCUGGUUGUGGGAGGACAAUUCUACUCUCUCCCAAGAUCUAGUUCAUUUAUUUCACACUGUAAAUCCAAAGAACUGCAUAAUAUAUAGCCCAAGCGGAAGUGCUCUGGAUGAAGACUGUGAACGUACAUAUAGUUACAUCUGUAAGCAACAGUUUAUUUAGGUGUUUCUUGGGGCAGAAGUAUUAUGCAAUGAAGAUUUACUUAGAAUGGCAGCAUAUUAUUGCUAUCUAUUUCUGGGAUCUGUAAAGUGUUUCAAAUUGUGUCUUAUCAGUCAAAUAAUUUUCAUAUAUUUGAAAACAUAGGCUUAAACUUUUUUUAUCAAUACAUGAUUGAUAUAUAAAUUAUAUUGGUUUUAGGUAUACAACAUAGCAAUAACUAGACAAUAAGUCUAAUUAACAUUUAUCAUUGUUAUAAUUACAAUUUUUUUUAGUUACAAUUUUUAAAUUUUGCAAUGUGUUUUAAAAUUGAUGAAACUUGUGUACCUACACUGAAAUUAUAGAGUCAAGAUAAAUAAUUUCAUGAAUAUUUAAUGUAUAUGGUCAACUGUGAAUUUCAUAACUUAUACAUCUAUUCUUAGAAAUUCUCUCUGCUGAAAUUUAAAUAAAACCUAAUUUCUACCAAAUAAUAUAUAUCAAAAUCAUAUCAAUCUUUUGUACGGCCUACUAGGUUGAAAAUUCCCAUCCUGAUCUCUUUUUUCUGGAAGCAAAAAUAGCUUUAAUGCUCUUUUUAAAUUCUUCCUGGAUAUCCAUGCAUUUAUAUCUUCUAAUUUAAAUCUGCAGUUGCAUUAUAAUAGUUUCUUCCUGUGCAUCCCAGGGUUCAGAGGGUUUCACAUUUGUGUGUCUUCUCUUGAUGUUACAAAGUUCCGCAUAAGACUUGGAAGUCUCUGCCCAAGUAUGUAGUCUCACAGAUGACUUUCAUAUUUUGGUAAAGGAAAGGUAAUCUAAGCCCUGAUCACAUAAAUAUAGAGUCUCGUUUUGCUCCAUAGAUCUUUCUUGCCUUAUGCUUAUCUAUCUUUAAAAAAAAAAAAAAAAUCAUCCUUACAUGUGCUUUGAAGAUUUUAAUCUCUCAUCAAUCCCAAAAAUCUUUUCCUAAAAGUUAUGUAAUAAAUACUGAACAAUUACACUUUUGAGGGGUACAGGGAGCAGUUCAUUUUAUUGAGGGGUUUUCGAGUAGGUCAAAGAAGGAUUGAGAACAUAGUGAGUUCUGAUGCCUAGGACCUGAAUGGGAUUUUCCUAACCUCAGAGAUAUCAAAACCCAAGUCUCCCCCUUUUUACAACUGCUGCAUAUAACUAACCCAGUUUCAAACCCUGGGUUGGGAAGAUCCCUUGGAAAAGGGAAUGGUUACACGCUCUAGUACUCUUGCCUGGAGAAUUCCAUGGACAGAGGAGCCUGACGGACUACAGCCAUGGGGGGGUCACAAAGAGUCAGACAGGACUGAACAACUAACACUUUCACUUUUAUACAUCUUAAGAAAUUUGUUUUGACAUCUCUAUUUGCUUUGUGAUUUUAUACAUUAAUUAAAUGGUAAUAAUUAAGAACCUAAAGUUGAUUUUAAAAAUACUGAGUCAAGAUGAGGAAGGAACCUCUUAUGUUUUAUUUCUCAAAAUAUAAUAGUACUACAAGUUGAACUCUUCACAUUUUCAUAUGAAGGUUGACUUAGGAAAAAUGCACUUGUUAUAUUAUGAAAAUUACAAGAUAGACUAAAGCAUCUUUCAAAUGCUUAACAUGGACUAAGCAAACAUGCAUUGCACUUUAUAUAUACUUGAAAUGUUUUGCCUUUGCUGCUUAUGUGAUUUUCAUAAUAAUAACAUAGUUUUAAUUGAAUAUAAAAUGAACAUUAUAAACAAAGUUACACCGACACACACCAUCUUUUUUAUCACUUCCAGAAUGUAGGGAAAAGGAAAUUUAAAAAAAUCAAAACUAUUGUAUUUGUAACAAACAUCUUAUUUAACUGCUUUCUUAGAAAAAAUUCAAAUCUCAUCUGACUAAAUAUGGAGCCUCUUUUAUUUUAAUAAAUCUUGCUCAUUUCUCUAUCUCUAGAAGACUAAAUGUAUCCAUGUUUAUUUUAUAUCUUUAAUAAAUAUUCAUUCAAUUGUGUCAAGCUCUUUGUGACCCCACGACUGUAGCCCCCCAACCAGGCUGCUCUCUGUCCAUGGGGUUUCCUAGGCAAGAAUACUGGGGUGGUAGCCAUUUCUUUCUCAGGGGAUCUUCCUGACCCAGGGAUCAAACCUGGGUCACUUGCAUUGCAGGCAGAUUCUUUACCCUCUGAGCCACCAGGGAAGCUUCAAUAAAUACUACACAAAAACAUUUGAAACCACUUACAUUGUUGUUGUUAAAAUGUAUGUGUUUCUACUCAAAAUAUAAAGACUAAGAAAAUUAUUUUGAAAUUUCUUAAUUUUAUUGGGUUUUGUUAAACUUAAUUUGAGUCUCCUGCUUUGAAGCCUUGGUUCAUGUAAUUGCCUCCCAAUUUUUCUCGAAAUAAAAAUAAUUUAUGUUCUGGUCUCUUAAAAUCCA